AAAGGAAACUCAAAGAAAGGUGCGAUGAAAACUUCAGUCGUUGUUGAAAGUCAUCAAGCAGAGCUCAACAUGCCAUCGAAUCAAAUUAUUUGUGCACUUUGCAAAAAAUCAGACGAAACUGAAGUCACCGGGCCCCUCUCCUCCAAACACAACAUCUCCGCACAUCAAAACUGUUUGUUGUACGCAUCAGCGAUCUUCUGCACGAAUUCACCCACCUACGACGACCUGUUUGGAUUUGAUGUAGAAGAUGUGAAGAAAGAGCUGAAGAGAGGGAAAAGACUAUUUUGCCACUACUGUAAGAGAGCCGGUGCUACAGCCGGCUGUGACGUGAAGCGCUGUAAACGCUCGUACCAUUACCCCUGCGCCAUAAAGGACCGAGCCAGAGCCGCUGAAAACAGUAACGAAGGCAGUUAUAAAUUGUUCUGUGCAUUACAUGUUUCAGAAUCCAAAAAAAUAAGUCCUUUAAAAGUGUCGUCUCCUCAGAAAGCUUCUGGAUCAUCAGACCAUCCAGAAGAUUUGAAGGACAAGAGUCCACAUACAUUCCCAUAUAUGUACAGACGACGUUUGCGUGUGCCCAGGGGAACAUAUAACAGCACUCCAGACUCAAAAUCAGAUGAUGAAAGCCCAACAAGCGCUGACUGUGUAAUAGUUUCAGGGGUGUCUGAUCCGGAGAACUCUGUGCUACAAAAACAGCCCAAUCAGUCCAGUCCUGUGCCUAAAAGAAAGAGGCUGUGUGAAAAACUCAAACCAUCACCCACAGAAGCUGACGACGACACAGACGUUGAUUCGUCUCAGGAAGAGUCUCAGAGUUUGUUAUUCUCAAAACGGUACCGUAUCACAAUGCCCUGUCAAGUUAUUUUGGACUCUGGACCCUCUGUAGAAUCAGAGCACAGUCUAGAGCCUUCUUCACCUGCCAGUGCAGCUGUGUCUACCUCCCCUGAACAGAAGGAAACGGCGUCCACAAGCAGAUCUUCUCCAGCGCCCAGAGCUCCGACCACUGAGCCUGUCUCACCAACUAUUUAUUCUGUGCCUGCUGUGGAGCGUUUCAGCUGUGAUUCAGGUCGUCCCGCUGCAGCGAAGGCCUCUAAAGUGGGCACCACAGAGAAACCCAAGUCCAGUGCCAGCGUGUUUUGGACCCGAUGUAACGAGGCUGGGUGGACCAAAGAGAUCUUCUCAGAGCUCGAGUCUCAGCUGAGCAGUCUUGGAGAAAGAGUGCAGUCACAGAAAGCCAGUGACCAAGAUUAUGAUGCUGCUCUCAAAGUGUUGGAGGCAUCUGGACGUCUACCUUGCAUUAUUUCUCAGCUGGAACAAGACAUAGAGAAACAGGAACAGGACUUAAAGAGGAAAAAAGCAGCACUGAGGGAUGCCAAAGCUGUACUAGAUGUUUAAUGUAUAAAACAUGAACGUGAUGUUCUAGUUGCAACUGAAACUGACAAAACAGCCCCUGAUGAGGCUUUAGAUCAACCAACUUGCCUGAAGGGCUAGUCGAAGCUGUUACUCGUGUGCUUUCAUAAGAGAGAAAAGAAAAGUCUGUUCCCAAGUAUGGCCACUAGGUGGCAGCAGACACAUAACUGCUUUCAGAGACUCAAAACAUUCCGUCGUCUUUCGACUCUUUGUCCUUUCAACUGCGCUGUUUAGUCCAAACUUUUCCUGAACAGUUUUUACAUUUAUUUACAUUCCAUAAAUAUUACAAUACUUUUAAAAAAGUAUUUUAAAAACAUGAUUCAUAUAAUUAAUAAUCAGUCCAUGUACAUUCAGAAAUAAACAUACCAA